UCGUGCCCAGCACCCCGUGCGUCUGCCUCCCCAGCACACCCUCAUUCCAUGUGUGUGUCUGGCCUGCUCUGUUCUUCUGUUCAGAGACGCUCCCGACAACUCCGGAUUUUUGCCCUUUUUCUCUUGCUGUGGAAUUAAGAGGAGAUCCAUUACAGCUUAUUUUCUGUCACCCUCCCCCGCCCCCCUACUGCCACCGCCACCACACCCCAUCAGACGAGAAGGAGGAGGAGGAGGAGAAAAGAAGAAGUAGAAGAGGAAGAGGGGGCUUCUUACUUUAUGGUAGCUUCACAUUUAAGGUUUCCCCAACCUCGAUCUCUAGAAUGGAAGAGUCUGAACUAGUGAAGGAGAGACUCCAAGCCAUCACAGACAAAAGGAAAUUACAAGAAGAAAUCUCACAAAAGCGCCUGAAAGUAGAGGAAGAAAAGCUAAAACAUCAGCAUUUGAAGAAAAAAGCGUUGAGAGAGAAAUGGCUCCUGGAUGGAAUAAACAGUGGAAAAGAACAGGAGGAAAUGCAGAAGCAAAAUCAACAAGACCAACACCAAACCAAAGUUCUAGAACAGAGCAUCUUGAGACUUGAGAAAGAGAUUGAAGAGCUUGAAAAAGCAGAAUUGAAAAUCUCAGCUCAUGAAGAGGCAAUUUUAAAGAAACUAAAAUCAGUUGAGAGAACAGCAGAAGACAUUAUAAAGUCUGUGAAGGUGGAAAAGACAGAAAAACCAGAAGAGACCAUUGAAGACAUUUAUGCCAAUAUUCCUGAUCUUCCAAAAUCCUAUAUACCAUCUAGAUUAAGGAGGGAAAGAGAUGAAGGAAUAGAAGAGGAUGAGCAAAAUAGAAAAGCUUUGUACACCAUGGAAAUUAAAGUUGAAAAAGACAUGAAGACUGGAGAGAGCACAGUAUUAUCUUCAAUACCUCUCCCAUCUGAUGACUUUAAAGGUACAGGUGUAAAAGUUUAUGAUGAUGGCCGAAAAUCCAUCUAUGCAGUCAGCUCCAAUCACCAUGUUGCACAUAAUGGCACUGAUGAUCUAGCACCCAUUGAGGUGGAGGAACUUUUAAGACAAGCCUCAGAGAGAAACUCUAAAUCUCCAACCGAAUACCACGAGCCUGUAUACGCCAACCAGUUUUGUAGACCUUUAACCCCACAGAAAGAAGGUGUAACCACUGGACCAAAUGUUCCAGAAAGGAUGCACGUUCAAGCUAAUGGACUAGGCAGUAGUUUAAAUGGUUCUUCACACAGCUUGGGAAAUGGCUUACAGAAAGAGAAUCAUCUCAGCACCACGAGACCAAUACCUCGCCCCAGAUCAAUGGGUCAGCAAACAGAGGAUAGCCUUCGUACCCAUCCAAAGAUGAUGCCAUCUUGGGAAGAAACAAAUGUGAUGCAGGAAGAAUGUGUACCCUCAUCCAAGGCAAGAGAGAGCCCCCAAGAGUCAUCCAUUAGGAAGUCAGUAUACCCGUGUUCUUCACCAACUCUCCAGGAAAAUGAGGAAGACAUCAAAUACAAUGUUGUUCAAUCCAUGCCUUGUAAUGUAGAUGACUCAAAACCUGUUACCAUGAUUUUCAUGGGGUAUCAGCAAGCAAAGGAGGAUGAUGAAGAAGAAAAAAAGCUCCUAACAGGGUAUGAUGGAAUCAUCCAUGCCGAGCUCGUGGUGAUUGAUGAUGAUGAAGAGGAGGAAGGAGAAGCUGAAAAACCAUCCUAUCAUCCAGUCGGCCACUACAGUAAGGUUUACCAACCUGCUAAGCCAACACCACUCCCCAGAAAGAGAUCAGAAAUCAAUCCACAUGAAAAUUCAAGCCAUCAGUCACCUCAAAAAAAGCCCAUAGCCCUGAAUGAACAAAAGGAAAGCUUAAAUCAUCCUAUCCACCAUCCUAAUCUUGAUGGUUACAGAGCUGGAGAUGGGACAGAGGAUCCUUCCCUUACAGGGGCUCUUCACUAAAUUAAAACUACCAAAUCAAGACCUCGAAGCACCAGUCCCAUGGUAUUUUUAAAGAAGCAACAAUGAUCAGACCAGAUGAAUUUUAUCAUCCCAAUCUAAGCUACCUUCAUGUCCUUUGACUUCUGACCUAAGAAGAACAGACAGUGGCAACCAUAGAUAUGAACAUAUACAGUCAAAUAGCAGGGAAGUUUCUGAAUACCUAAAAGAAGACAAUGAAACAGCAAAAAUCAAUGCCAUUUAGGAAGUAAUGCUAUGCUCCUAGAAAAGUGAUGCUGUCCAACCAAUAAAUUGGCAAAGACAAUAAAAGACAAAAAUGAUUAAUAUUGAAGGAGUUGUGGGAAGACAAGCAGAUGAAUGAGCUGUGAUAAGCAACUUCUGGGCAACAAAUUUGGAGUUAUACUUACAAAUCUCCAAACUGUACGAUAAUACUACCAUCAGAACAUACCAUCAGAAGACCAAAGAUAGAUGAAAAGUUCUUAUGCAUUGAAAAAAUUAUAACAGCACUGUUUGUAAUAACAAAACACUGGAAGGAAAAAGGACACAAAUCAAUGGGAGGAUGAUUUUCUGAAAUCUAGUUGUCUUGCUUAGAUCAUUCUUCUGCUCUACCAGUUUACAUACAUAUGAAGAUAAUGGAAUAUGAUCGUGUCAUUAAGAAAUGGUGAAUAUGAGAAACUUAAAGAAACAUGGAAAAUCUUAUAUGCAGAGCAAAAAAAAAAAAGAGGAUACUAGAGAACAAUUUACAAGAUAUCCAUAAUAAUGUAAAGGAUAGAAACACUGGAAGCAUUUGGAACUCUAAUAAUGCAGUGACUUGUCUUGACUUCAGAGUACUUGAUGGUAAAGAAUACCCCAUCUUUCUUCAUGGGUGCAGAAUGAAGGAUGCAUUUUCGGGCAUGACAAAUGUGUUGAUUUGCUUUGAUUGGCUAUUUUUUACUUAUAAUAAGAGAGGCUGACGUAGCAGACUGGAGUAAUCAUUAUGAAGAGAUAGUAAUUUUUUAAGAAAGAGAAAGCCUCAAUCAAAUCUACCAAAAAAAAAAAAUGAUGUUGACAUCAUGAAGCAGUUAAAUAAGUUCAGGUUCCCCUGACUCUUGGCAGUUGGCAAGAUUACUGGGAUUAGGUAAAGCUAAAAUACCAAGUCAUAGCAGAAUUUGGCAUGUGAGUUUAAUUAGACUAGAAUCAACAGGGCAGACCAAGAGCCAAGCAUUAGCAGGGGACCAGACAGGCUGACUCUUACUGAAUUACUUUAGGCUGUAAAAGCAGUGGCUAAUCACUAUAGCUCAUGGGCAAGGUCACCAAAGUAAUGGAAUAAUAGCCCACACAAUCUCCUGGAACAGAACAGAAAGAAUUAUGCAAGGCAGAGAUGGGAGCCAUAUUUCUGUUAAGGACUACAGACCCAGGAUAGGCAGGGUGGGAUUGAAUCACAGUACCACAGAUUUUCAGAGUUGGAAGAGACCUCAUCAGACAGUUACCCCCCCCCAAAAAAAAAAAAGAACCCUUGUUAUGUCACAUUCAAAAACACAUCUUUGCCUAAAAACCUCCAGCAAGAUGGACAACACUCUCAUCCACCCAGCUCAUUACACUUCUGACUAGCUCCAGUUGUUAAGUUUUUCCUUAUAUCAAACCUAAAUGUACUUUUUUACACGUUCUGUCCAGAGCUCCCAAUUAGAUUCCCUUGAGCCAAACGGAAAACAUUAAAUCCUUUUUUCCAUAUGAUAGCCUUCAAAGACUAGAAGACUUCUAAUAUUACAAUGUAGACUCCUUGUAAGGAGAGAUUAUUUCAAGUUUUGUAUUUUUAUCUAUUUCCAAUUCCUAGCACAAUGUCUGGCACCCAACAGGUGUUUAAUAAAUACUAGUAACUGAUUGAUAUUGUCCUCCUUGUAUUUUCUUCAGUCAAUCAGCUAACAAUUAUGUGUCAAUCACUCUGCUAAGCUAAGCAUUUGUUUAUUUACUUCUUCCUCACAUGGCAUUAAACCAACACUUUGUGAUCUAUCUAUGCUCUUCUGAAUUGUCUCCAGCUUAUAAACAUCUUUCCUAAAAUGUAACUCCUAGACUUGAGCUAUACUUCAGAUGUGAUCUAACUUUUUUGGACAUCCAUAACAUAUUGUUGAUUUAUUGAGCUUCUAAGCCAAAAUAAAACCUUGACAUCUUCUUUAGAUAAACUGCUCCCAAUCUAUACCUUUUCUAUCUUAUACUGAAGAAGUCAAUUUUUAAAAACUCAAGUUAACACUUUACUUCAAUUUGUAUUCCUAUUACAUAUUAUUAUAUUAGAUUUGUUCCAGUAUUCUAGCAAUUCAAGAUUUUUCUUGAUCCUAAUUCUUUCACCAAAUAGUUUAACUUCUAGCUUUGGGUUACACUUGAAAAUUUGAUAAUUUGUCUUCUAAGUAAUUGGUUUAAAAAAAAAUGUUAAACAUCACAGGAACCAGUAUAAAUACAUGGAGCACUCCACUGGAGACCUCCAACCAAAAUGUAAUCAAACCAUUAGUGACUAUCGAGUCCAACCAGCUCCAAAUCCAUAUAUUUUUAUCAUUCUGAGCCCAUCUCCUCCUAUUUUUCUACCAGGAGCGGGAUAUGGACUGAACAUGUAGUUUUUACUAGGAUAGUAGAUACAUUUCCUCUGUGAGGAAACUCUCUACCAAUGCAAACUGGUACCUUCUCUUCAACAAUGAUAACUAGUAGCAGAAAAAGGCAGGGCUACAUAAUUAUUUUGCUUUUGUUUUCUCUGCUAAGAAGAAUGGUCCAAGUAGAAGGAGCAGAUCAAAAAUAGAUAAUAGUGAGUUGAUAUUCAAGUUAAGAAAGAGAACAGUUAAACUGCAACUGAAGAAUUCUAAUUAUCUGACCCACAUAAAAGCCAUCUUUAAGUACUAAAAGAACUGGUAGAUGCAAAUGUCUAAACUGUCAGUAAUAUUUGAAGAACAGGACGAUGGAUCAAAGGCUUGGAGAAAGACAAGUGUUUAUAUUUUUUAAAGGGGGGGAAGAAAAUGGAAUUUGCACACUAUGUAUUAGGUGUAAAGAGCUAGCAUGUCUUCAUGAAGAGCAAAUCAUGACUCUAGAACUUUGAAAGACAGAAAUUAUCAUAAAUAAGUUAAGAACUUGUUAGCUGCUCUGAUUUGAGCAGUUAUAGCAGAUGCUGGAAUAUUGGAGUCUCCCAUUAUGACUGGAAUCCAGAUAGGGAGAAUGUUGACAUGAAGUUACAUUCCCAUGUGAGAACUCCAGAAAGGAAAGACAUUUCGUCUUCAAGAGGACACACUUGAUACCAGAUUCUUUUGAGGACAAUACCAGAUAUCUGGAACGAAAGAAACAAACCAUGGAAGUUGUAGGCUAACAGAGGAAGCAAGCUCCUCAGAAAAUUCUGUCAUUUUCUGUACUAUCUUGAAAAAGAACUGUCUCUUACAAAACUCUCUUGCCAACUAUGUCCUUCUUUCAGCCAUACAACCUUUCAUCAACAAUUAGGAGAGUUUAAACAAAAGUUCCAGGCUUGGCAGGGAAGUCUAUUUACAGUCUUUUACAUGUGACCUGUUCUUCACAGAUGAAGAAUUUCCUCUAUUUCUUCUUCCUUUCCAGGGGGUCUAAAAUAUGCUCUAAUCACAAGAUCCCUUCUAUUUGUACCUCCAUUGAUUGAUCUUCAUCCAAAUGCUCUCUUCCAUGUUUACUUCCCUUUGUUUCUUGGAGACCUUUAAAUAAUUAGGCUUUCUGCUUUUUCCUUUUUAUUUAUUUAUUUGCUUGUUUUUAUUAUUAUUUUUUUUUUUUUUUGCUGAGGCAAUUGGGGUUAAGUGACUUGCCCAGAGACACACAGCUAGAAAGUGUUAAAUGACUGAGGCCAGAUUUGCAGUCAGUUUCUCCAGACUUCAGGGCUGGUGCUCCAUCCUUUCCACCUCCUCGCUGCCCCUAUAAUUAUGCUUUCUUAAUAUAUAAUACUACUCCACCACUGUUUUUACUUAUCUUGUUACUUUUGAAUAAAAUAUAUUUAUCCAGAGGCAGAACAACUGCCAGCUGGGGAAGGACAAAACCAGGCUGCACCACUAUCCAUAACCUAAUCACCCCAUUCUCUUGCUAGAAAAUGCAAGCAGAGUGAUCAAAGUUCUAUAUUCCUUGUCCUUUCAUAGCAAAAUAAUCCCUUGAAGACUAAGAGCAUUAUUAUUCAUCUAUCAUCCAAUACUAUCCCUAUCUUUCCCUAUCCUUUUAUUAUUCAAUCAGUGGUUACCUAAAAAAAAACUUAUACCCAAUGCCCACUUUCUGAUCAUUUAUCCCAAUUCUUCUCAACUCUAUUUUCCCCAUGACCCAGUUUAAGCCUUUCAUUGUGCCUCCUGGAAUUCCAACUCCAAAGAAAACAAACUUUUCUUCAUCCUGAACUCUUUUCCUUUACAUUGUUUCCAAUUAUUUGCCCUUACUGAGAUUUGGCUUUUCCCAUGUGAUACUCCAUCCUUGCUCAUCUUCUCCAAUACUGACAAUACUUUUACUGGACCUUCCCUUUCCCAGCACAGUGGUCCUAGGGAGAAGUUGGAAUAUUCCUUGUUUCCCAUUGCCAUUUAUAAGUUCUCUUUUUGCUGUCAUUGCUCAGCAACAUCUUUAUCUUCUUCAGAGUACACAGCAUCAAAUUUCCCCACUCUAAUUCAAAUUAUAUUGGCUGUUAUUAAUUACUCCUAUGUUAUUCUCCUCCCUUUCUUUAGGAAUUUAGUACCUGAAUAAAAUAACUUUAUUUCAUCUCCAACUCCUGCCUUUAUGCUGCAGGACUUCAAAGUGUAUAUGGAUUCUCCCUCAAACUCUCUAUCUAAUUUCUCAGUAUCAAAUUCCUUCCUCUGAUCCUUUCUUUUCCAACUCAGCUCUAUACAUGGAUGGUCCCUGGAUCACCCUCAAGUGUUCUACUUUCUUAAUCAAAAACUCUGACAACUCCCUAUCUCAUAAUGAACUCAUCAUUCCAUUUCUUCAUCAUUAUAGAUCAAUUUUCUACCUUCAUCUAGACCUUCAAUACCUUUCUCAGUCCAUUACCAUUGUUCUAGCUUCAUUUUCCUCCCUUCCCAAUCAUAACUAUAUUCUUAAACCAACUCAAUUCCAUACCAUUAUCAACUCUUGAAUCACUUGCCACUUUGUUCUAUCACCAUACAUACUAGGCAAACUUCAACUCUUGAUUACUACCACCAUGUUCCUUCUAGCUGCUGAAGAGAAAUAGAGGGAAUUAUAAUCAUGUUGAGUAUAUUAUAAAUUCAUCUUACCUUUGUCCUCAUUGCAACAAGACAGUCCAUUGAUUCCUCCUUAAUUGAUUCCCAGUAUCACUCCACUAAGAAACUCUCUCAAGACUUCUCAACUCUUUUCAUACCUCCACCAUUUUUCUGGUCUUUUGGUGACAAACUUUACUACUUAACUUUUCUGAAUCAAUUAAGGUAAUUGCUUCUUCUCUUUUUAUCUCAAAAACCUCUAUCUCCCACUGUCUUCUUUUCUCACAAGAUCUAAAAAUGCUAUCUUCUCUAUAAAUACCCUCUUCCAUUUUCUCCAGCAGAUUUCCCCCUGAAUCAUUCUUUCCAUCUCUUUAAUCUUCAGUCUGUCCCUAUUUAGUGGUUCCUUCUCUACUUCCUUGAAAUGUCAUCUCCCUCAUCUUUAAAAAAAUAAAUAAAUAAAGGGAAAGAAAAAGAAAAAAAUUUUCACAGCACUUUCACUCCAUUCCUUUGUAAAUAUGGGAGGUUAAUAAUCAGCUUUUCUUGAUUUUGUCUCUUCUUCCUCUUUUUCUUUAUUUUCUUAUUUAAAUGGUAUUUGGUAUAUGGAUUGCUCUCUAGAAGAAGAGAACUAUAAGAAGAAAUUCCAGUUAUGCCAAAAAAUAAAUAAUAUCAAUGAAAAUUUAUUGAAAAAACUCAAUUAAACUUUACUAUCCCCUUAAGUAAUUAUACUGUACAGAGCUACAGGAUGUAGAGACUCCUUUAACAGCCAUAUUCCUUUAAAAAGCUGUGUAUACUCAACGACUUAAUUUCCUCUUUAACCACUCCCUCUAAAACUUUUUGUAACAUAGAUUCCAACCUCAUUACUCAACUGCACCUGUUGAAUCUAAAGUUAGUAAUGAAAUCAUAAUUGCCAAAUCUGGUGGUAUUUCCUCAUUCUCCAUCUUUCUUGACUUCACUAAUGCAUUUGACAUCGUCAACCAUGCUCUUCUGGAUAUUUUUCUCCUUUCUCUGGGUUUUCUUGACAACAUAUUAGUUCUCUUUCUGUCUGAACACUCCUCAACUCAUCAUUCAGAUCAUGUGUCCUAAUUGUAGCUAUUGCCCAAGAUUCUUUUGUGGACCCUCUUAUCUAUAUUCUUUCUUAGUGACCUCAUCAAUUCCCAUGGUAAACAUUUAAUCAAUUAUUUUUUAUUUGUUUAUAAUCCAAUUAUUUCAGUUUAAAUGCAGAAACCAAAACCCCAAGAAUUGAAAUGACUUCCCAAGUUUACUAUGAGAAAUAUGAAAAAGAAAACAUUUCCAUCUGGGAGAAUUUAAUUCAACAUUUUUUAAAUGCCUACUGUGAACUUAGCAUUAUAAAAUGUUUGGGGAAUCAAGGAAAGAAUUGUGAAGGAAAUAAUACCUUAUAUAGGAAUUCAAUAAAGGAAGAAAGAUGAAGAAGAAGGAAUCUAUUCCAAGCAUAGAGGAUAGUAUGGGCUUUCUCAGGCUUGAAGACAUGAAAGAAAAAUAGGGUAAGGCAGGACAAGAACAUAACAAUGACUGAUACAUUCUAACUGGAAUUUAGAGUAUGUGAAAUGAAAUAUUGUAAGAUUAAGAUGAAAAAGAAGAUUGGCUCCAGAUGAAUGGCCCUGAAUGCUAAGAUUUGUAAUUUAUUCUGGUAAGCAACGAAGUUCAAAUGACAGAUUUUGUGAUUAGAGGAAUGAUGUGAUCAAACCUAUUGGUGUCUUCAGGUUUAAAUCUAAUUUUUUUUCUUUAGUAUAUCCUGAUCACAGAAACAGAUUUUCUCUCAAAAAUCUCUGUCUGGCUUAGAGUCUACUAUCAAUUGAAGUUAAGAAAAAGGGCAGGAGGGAACUGGCCCUGAAUUUCUAAGGCAAGGUGAGUUCUAUUUGGGAGAGGUACAUUUUAUAGUAAUGAUACAUCAUCCAGUUGGAAAUAUUCAGCAAGCAAAUGGAAAUAUAGGUCUGAAACUCUGAGUAGAUGUCAUAAAGUAGAAAUUCAGAUUUAGAAACCACUGUAUAAUAUUGAUCCCUAAAGUCAAUGAAGCAAAUGAAAUCCCUAAGAGAGAGAAAUUGUAAAGAUAGAAGAAAGGGAGAUCAAGAAUAGAUCCUUGAGGAAAAUUCAUAUAUUUGAGGAAUUGAAGAAAGGAGAUAUUCAGAAACAGAAAAGGAAAAACCAAAUACUGGAAUGAAUACAGAAUGAAAUGACACAGAAUCAAAAGGAUGGAAGUCAAAAGUGUCAAAUUCUGCAGAGAGUUAGAAGAAAAUGAUUGAAAAAUGUCAUUGAACUUAACCAUAUAAUCAUUUUUAAUCCUUCAAAAGUUGUUUUUGAUAAUGUAGGGAGAAUGAGACCCAAAGAACAAAGAUUUGAGAAGUGAGAAGUAAAAUCUCAGAAUUCUUUUAAUUUCUAUUUCCCAAAUUAAUAGCAAUUUGGAGCAUUUUUUCACAUAGCUAUAGAUUAUCUUGAGAUUCUUCCUUUGAGAGUUAUUUGCCUUUUAAAAUCUUGAGACCAUUUGUCAAGUAGAAAAUAACUGUUCUUAUAAAUUUGAAUGAGUUCCUUUUAGAUCUUGGAAAUGAGACAUUUAUCAGAGAAACUAGAUGCAAAGAUUUUUCUCAAUUGGCUAUUUACCUUUUAAAGUUUUGUUACAUUUAUUUGUGCAAAACCUUUUUAAUUUUAUGUAACAAAAAUUAUUGAUUUUAUCUUUUGUAAUCCUAAAUCACUAAUUUAGUUACAAACUUUUCCUACUGAUAGAUUUAAUAGGUGUAAUUAUUAUACAACCUUUUAUAGUUAGGUCAUAUAUCCACUUGGAGCUUAUCUUGCUCUAAGGUGUUACAUCUAAAUAUGAUUUCUUCCAUAAUGUUUAUACAAUUUUCUCAGUAGUUUUUGUCAUUGAAUGAAUCUUUUUCUCAACAGCUGAGGUCUUUGUGUUUGCCAAAUACUAGGUUAUUAGAUAUAUUUGGCUUCAGUAUAUUUUGUUGCUAAUGUGCUCACUGAUUAAUCUCUAAUUUUUAGCUAGUAUUAAAUUAUUUUGAGAAUUACUGUUUUCUAGUAUAGUCUGAGAUCUGGUAGACUCCUUUCAUUCCUACUUCUUUUCAUUAAUUCCUGUGAAGUUCUUGAUCUUUUUUGCUUUCAUAUGAAUUCCAUUAUUAUUUUUUCUAGUUCUGCAAAAAUAUCCUUGCAUAGUUUAACUGAUAAUAUUGUCAUUUUUCUUAUAUUGAUUCAUUCUACUCAUGAGUAAUUACUAUUUCUCUAAUUAUCUAGAUUUGUCUUUAUGUAAACAGUGGUUUGUAGUUGUGAUUGUAUUUAUAUAGUCUUUGGGUAUAUCUUGGAAAGUAGACUCCCAUAAAUUCUGUAUCCAGAAAUUUUAAAUGGAAUCACUUUCUAUCUCUUUCUACUGGUUUUUAUUGGUAUCAUAUAGGCAUGAUAAUGGUUUGUGUGGAUAUAUUUUAUAUCCUGUAGUUUGCUACAGUUAUUAAUUACAUCAUUUUAAUUUUAGUUGAUGUUUUAGAUUUAAGUACAAAAAUCAUAUCAUCUGUGAAGCAAUCAUUUUGUUUCUUCUUUACCUGUGUAAUAUUCUAAAUUAUUUUUUCUUGUGUUAUUGGCAAUGGACAUAUUUAUUUCACUCUUGAUUACACUGGAAAGAGUUCUAGUUUAUUUUGAUUAUAAUGGAAGUUCUUGGUUUUAGAUACAAUUUAUCAUUUUUUAAAAAGGAUUACUUAUUUGUAUUUUUCUAAGGUUUUAACAGAAAUGGGUGUUUAACUCUGUCAAAAACUUUUUCUUCAUAUGUUGAUAUAGGCAUAUGAUUUUUGCUUAUUAUGUUAUUAAUAUUGUUAAUAAAAUUUACAGAUUUUGUUUUAUUAACUCAA